UCUUUGCUUUCACACCCCUUCCCCCCAUCCCCCACCCCCCACAAAACUUUCUUCUUCCCCUCUUGUCUGUUCUUUUGCACCAAAGUUCAUGGAUUAACCUCAAAGACUUUAAUUUUAUUAUAUAUGUGUUUGAUUGUACAAAAUGUUUGAUUAUGGUUCCAAGUCCCAAGAUCUGGAUGGGCAGCCAAAAAAAGUUUGUAAGGUUGAAUGACUUUGAUUGCGGACUAACCUCAGCGUCGACACCGUAGCAGCAAAUAAAUGUGGCUUCAUCAUGGAAGCUUUAAGACAUUCUGGCCAUGCAACUAGCAGCCCGUCAAGGUCUUUUAAGAGAGGAAUGAGAAAAGGAUCUGAAGGACUGAAGUCGAUUGGUCGAUCACUAGGAUUUGGUGUCGCUAAGGCAGUAUUUCCUGAAGAUCUGAAAGUUUCAGAGAAGAAGAUUUUUGAUCCUCAAGAUAAAUUCCUUCUCUUGUGGAAUAAGCUGUUUGUUAUAUCAUGCAUUCUGGCCGUGUCUGUGGAUCCUUUGUUUUUCUACCUUCCAGUUUUUGAUGACAAGUCAAAUUGCCUUCAGAUUGAUCGAAAGCUAGCUGUGAUAGCCACAACGCUUCGUACCGUUGUUGAUGCUUUCUAUCUUAUUCACAUGGCACUUCAGUUUCGUACAGCUUAUAUUGCACCAUCAUCUCGAGUUUUUGGAAGGGGUGAACUUGUGAUAGAUCCUGGACAGAUUGCUAAACGAUACUUGCGAUCCUAUUUUAUCAUCGAUCUUCUUGCUGUGGUUCCCUUGCCUCAGAUUGUAGCUGGGAGAUUCCUGCAGAGAUCGACAGGUUCUGAUGUACUGGCUACCAAACAAGCUUUGCUCUAUAUCAUUUUGCUCCAGUAUAUCCCCAGAUUUGUCCGAGUUAUACCCUUAACGUCAGAAUUGAAAAGAACUACUGGUGUCUUUGCUGAAACUGCAUGGGCUGGUGCUGUAUCCUAUUUACUGUUGUACAUGCUUGCUAGUCACAUAGUUGGCUCCUUUUGGUAUUUGCUUUCUGUGGAACGCUAUGAUACAUGCUGGGAAAGAGCUUGUAGUCAUAACACAACAUGCCAAACUGAUUUCUUGUACUGCGGCAAUCAAGACAUGACAGGGUAUAAUGCUUGGAGCAAUAUCAGUGAAUCGGUUUUAAAUGGAGCAUGCCCUCGGAGCAGUGAAAAUCCACCAUUUGAUUUUGGAAUUUUCGGGCAAGCUUUGUCAUCAGGCAUAGUUUUCUCGAUGAAGUUUGUGACUAAAUAUUGCUACUGUUUGUGGUGGGGACUCCAGAAUUUAAGUACCCUUGGACAGGGACUUCAAACUAGCACAUAUCCCGGGGAGUCUUUAUUCUCUAUUGCACUAGCGAUACUCGGACUCAUUCUCUUUGCACUGUUGAUUGGUAACAUGCAGACAUACCUUCAGUCUCUUACUAUUCGACUUGAAGAGAUGAGAGUUAGAAGGCGUGACUCGGAACAAUGGAUGCAUCACCGAUUGCUUCCACAAGAACUACGAGAACGGGUAAGGGGCUAUGAUCAGUACAAGUGGCAAGAAACACGUGGAGUGGAUGAAGAAAAUAUAGUUCAGAAUUUGCCCAAGGAUCUCAGGAGGGAUAUCAAACGUCAUCUUUGUCUGGCUCUAGUGAAGAGGGUGCCUCUAUUUGCAAAUAUGGAGGAGAGAUUGCUUGAUGCAAUUUGUGAGCAUCUAAAACCCUGUUUGUACAUUGAAAACACUUACCUUGUUCGAGAGGGAGAUCCAGUGGAUGAAAUGCUCUUUGUGAUACGAGGCCGCCUUGAGAGUGUGACAACUGAUGGUGGGAGAAGCGGUUUCUUCAACCGCAGUUUGUUAAAGGAAUCUGACUUCUGUGGAGAAGAACUUCUUACUUGGGCACUAGACCCAAAAUCAGGUUCUAACCUCCCGUCUUCUACUCGUACCGUGAAAGCUCUAACAGAGGUAGAGGCCUUUGCAUUAAUAGCAGAUGAGUUGAAAUUCGUCGCCAGUCAGUUCAGAAAGCUCCACAGUAGACAGGUACAGCACACGUUCCGUUUCUACUCACAGCACUGGAGAACUUGGGCUGCUUGCUUCAUCCAAGCAGCAUGGAGGCGUUUCACGAAAAGGAAACUUAUGGAACUUCAAAGAAAAGAAGAUGAAGAAGCAGAAGCGUUGGCCGGGGCCAGUAGUAACUCGGGUGGAUCUUCUUUUAGUAUUGGGGCAACGUUCUUGGCAUCGAGAUUUGCAGCUAAUGCUCUCCGAGGCGUUCACAAGAAUCGAAAUCUCAAGUCUGCUAGGGAGCUUAUGAAGCUGCAAAAGCCUCCAGAACCUGAUUUCAGUGAAGAUACUGAGUGAAUUUUGCAUGCUUUUUUGCUUAGACUUGUUGAUCUUUUGAGCUUUGCAAAAAGCUUGAUGUAUAAUUCAUGUUUAUUAGUCUUAUUGCUUCAUAUUUAUGUAAGAGUUUUAACUUCUAUACACUGAUACUACUGAUACUGAUUGUGUAAAUAAAUAUUUACAUUUAUCA